AUGGCUUCAAGUGACCCUGAAAUUAGGGAUGGACUUACAUUACCUGUUUGGAUGAAAUCAAGACCAGCCAAGGAGUUUGAACCGUUCGCUGCGUCACCACCGGCACCCGAGGACUCUUUCUUCUACAUACGCUAUCCGAAAUCGGACGUGUUGUUCGGCAAGCCAAAAACGGUCGGCGAAAUACCAAAUCUUAUGACCGACCAACAAAAGGAACUUGCCGUGAAAGUAGCUUACAACAGUAUUAAAGAGAAGGACUGGUCCAAGCACACUAAACCAUGUCAAGACGUUUUGCAUGGCAUUGCACCCAGUAACACAACAGUCAACUCGAAGCCGAAGCCGGCGGGAACGGACGAUGGGCUCAAAGGCGAGGGAGCGGCAUGCGGCAAUUCCGUCGUCAAGGUGGCGCAUCAGAUGAUCCAGUCGGGGCGUUCGCCGCGCGGCUUCACGGUCGCCUCGCCGGCGGAGGAGGAGGCCCAGGCGCCCGACCAGCUGCACUACAGGCUGGUGUCGCGCCGCGGCAGCAAGAGUCUGCCAGCCACGCCGGCCCAUUCGCCACCCGCCAGCCCCACCGGCCGCAGGAGGAUGGUCGGCAACCGCUACUUCACGUCGCCAUUCGAGCCUGUGGAGGAUUCUAACAACCGCUCCUGGCUGACGAUGGCCUUGCUCGGCUUCAAGAAGGACCUGACCACCUCCACUUCGACCCUCGCCGAAGAGGACGCUGAGCACCUCGAAACCAGGCUGCACGGUACCCUGGCGGAGUCCGUGGAAAACUUGGGUCCGUCCCCAAAGGGCAAAGAGCCUAAACUCGUUUCGAAUGAAACGAGCGCCCAGCAGCCCAAAGUCAAACCUGGCCAGAACUUCCGCCCCAAACCCUCAGAGUUCCGGGAAAUGAACUUUUGGUCGCCGACCUCCAUG